AUGAGUGACGUAGUCAGUGAAGAUCGUAAGGCAUUAUUUGACUCGGCAAUUUCCUUCUUAAAGGAUGAGUCCAUCAAGGAUGCCCCACUUUUAAAGAAAAUUGAAUUCUUGAAAUCGAAAGGGUUGACGGAAAAGGAGAUUGAAAUAGCAAUGGCAGAACCGAAGAUCAAUGAGAAGCUGGAUAACGGAAUAACGAAGAGGAGUGACGUGUCUGAGAACACGACAAACGCGCAGGAUAUGUACUUUUAUGAGGCGAUGCCACCGGCCCUACCCCACAGAGACUGGAAGGACUACUUUGUAAUGGCUACCGCCACGGCUGGAUUACUGUAUGGUGCGUACCAAGUAACUAGAAGGUACGUGAUACCGAAUAUUUUACCAGAAGCAAAGAAUAAAUUGGAGGAGGACAAGGAAGAAAUCAAGGAUCAGUUUGCCAAAAUUGAUAAAGUCCUCAAUGCCAUCGAAACAGAACAGACAGAGCUUAGAGAGCAAGAAAGCAAUAAGUUGAAAGAGCUAGGUGACACAAUUUCCGAACUGCAACAAGUACUAGUGCAAACUACGAGAAACAAAGAAAAGAUCGAAGACGAAUUUAGACUAGUUAAGCUCGAGAUGUCCAACCUACAAAGCACCAUUGACAAGUUUGUUUCAGACAACAGCAACAUGCAGGAGCUAAACAAUAUCCAAAGAGAAAUGGAUUCGCUUAAGAGUUUGAUAAAAAACCGGGAACCAACUGACAUGCAUGACAAUAGACCAUUUUCCAUGUCUCCUAAUGGCAUACCUGGUAUAGACGCGAUCCCAUCUGCGUCCGAAAUCCUAGCCAAGAUGGGCAUGCAAGAAGAGAAUGACGAAGAGAAGGAGAACGGUGAUAAUGCUGCCAACGAGGCAAACACCGUUCCGGCAUGGAAAAAAGUGAGAGAGCAAACUGUCGAUAGCAAUGGCUCCAUCCCGGAAUGGCAAAAAAACACCACUGCCAAUGAAAUUAGCGUGCCCGACUGGCAAAACGCACAGCUUGGGGACUCUACCCCAUAG